UCCUUAAUUGAAAACAUACCACAAAGACCUGCCUAACACUCAACUAGUCAACUAAACAAUCUUGAAACUCGUGAAAUUAGCGAGAAUUCUCCCUAAUGGAUUCUCGACCUUCUAAAAGGUCUUUUCCACCAAGGUAUUCUAAAAGUUCUUUUCCACCAAAGUAUUUAAUUCAUAAUUCAAUCUUAAAUUAACUGUUAAAAAAAUAAAAAAAUAAAAAAAUAGAAAUCUUAAAUUACCACCCAAAGCUCCAAUGUGGUACCUCCAUCACCAUGAACACUACCAACAAGCCCCCUUCACUCUUCACCAUACUUGCUUCUUUUCUCUUCCUCAUCAUCACUUCCACCUCAUCCUACACUCCUCCGGACGACAUCGCCCUAAACUGCGGUGAAGAUCACGGCGAUAUUGCAGCAUCAGAUGGCCGGAAAUGGACCCGCGACAACCCAUCCAAGUUCAUUUUCUCACCACAACAACUCGACACCUCUUCAGCCUCCACAGCCUCCACCCAAGACUAUGCCCCACAAGUCCCAUACAUGACCGCUCGCAUAUUCCACUCUCAACUCACCUACACCUUCCCCAUGGCCACCGCCGGCCCCAAGUUCCUCCGCCUCCACUUCCACCUCGCCUCCUAUUCCGGCCUCAACCCCUCCGACUCCUUCUUCACCGUCACCGCCAACAACCACCACACUCUCCUCCACAACUUCAGUGCUUCCCUCACCUCUCACUAUCUCAAUUCGACCUACUUUUCUAAAGAGUACUGCAUCAAUCUUGUAUCAGAGCGUAGCUUGAAUAUCACUUUUAACCCGAAUACCGGUUCUUUCGGAUUCAUCAAUGGGAUUGAAGUUGUUUCAAUGCCCACUAAUCUAUACAUCCAAGGCCUUGACAUAAACAUUAUAGGCCAAAAUCAACCAUUAAACAUAGAUAACAACACCGCCCUCGAAAACAUUUACCGGUUAAACGUUGCCGGGCUAGCCAUAUCGCCGGUGGACGACACCGGGAUGUUUCGAUCCUGGUCGUCCGACGUCGACUUCAUCGAUGGUGGCGCCGGUGCAGAUCCUUACCAUUUCACGCUUAACAUAAAGUACACCAAGGUACAACCUUACACUGCACCAGAGAUACUCUACCGUACUGCGCGGUCUAUGGGAACCAAUAGGUUCAUCAACGAGAACUACAAUCUGACGUGGCGUUUCCCGGUUGAUUCGGGAUUUUAUUACCUGGUCAGGCUUCAUUUUUGCGAGAUUGCACCGGAGAUAACGGAAAUUAAUCAGAGGGUGUUCGAGAUCUUCAUGAACAAUCAGACGGCUGAUGAUCAGAUGGAUAUCAUUGUUUAUGCUGGUGGCAAUGGGGUUCCUAUAUAUAAAGAGUUUGUGGUAGUGGUCCCACAAGGAGGCGGAGGCAAGGUUGAUCUGUGGCUCGCGUUACACCCUAACACAAGGGCGCAUUCUACGUACUCUGAUGCUCUCUUAAAUGGGUUGGAGAUAUUCAAAUUGAACAAAAGUGAUGGUAGUCUCGCCGGACCAAACCCUGACCCAGUUUAUGACCCGAUUUCAAAUGAUUCCGAACCAACGGUGCAGAGAAUGGAUCAUCCGGACAAGCCCCGGAUAGAAGUAAUCAUUGUUGUUUCGGUAUGUGGUGGAGCGGUUGUUCUGUCAAUUCUAAUUUUGUUUGUUUUGCUACGUGGAAAGAGAGGUUAUUCUUUCGGGUCAAGUUGUGGGCCCUCGUUGCGGAGUCCAUAUUCACAACCUGGAUCAUAUUCGUCAAAAACCGGGUCCUUGCCAUCGGAUGUUUGCCAUAAAUUCUCGCUUGCUGAGAUUAAAUCCGCUACGAACAACUUCAGCGAUGCUUUGUUAAUUGGGCUCGGAGGAUUCGGCAACGUGUAUAAAGGUCAAAUCGACAAUGAAGAUGGGUAUAAUUAUGUGGCCAUCAAGCGAUUGAAUCCGAUGUCCCACCAAGGGGCCCACGAGUUCUGUACGGAAAUCAAAAUGCUCACACAGCUACGCCAUCUGAACCUCGUGUCUCUUGUUGGUUACUGUGAUGAUGAUGAAGAGAUGAUCUUGGUCUAUGAUUACAUGUCACGUGGGUCCCUCCGUGAUCAUCUCUACAACACCGAUAAUGCUCCUCUAUCAUGGAAGCAGAGGCUCGAGAUCUGCAUCGGAGCGGCUCGUGGGCUGCAUUACCUUCAUAGUGGCGCGAAGCACAUGAUCAUCCACAGAGAUGUGAAAACCAGUAACAUACUACUGGACGAGAAAUGGGUGGCAAAGGUUUCUGAUUUUGGGUUGUCGAGGGUGGGUCCCACAAGUAUGUCCCGCGCCCACGUCAGCACGGUCGUGAAGGGUAGUUUUGGAUAUUUGGAUCCAGAAUAUUAUAUGCGUCAGCAAUUGACUGAGAAGUCUGACGUGUACUCGUUUGGAGUGGUGUUGUUUGAGGUUUUGUGCGCCAGACCGCCGGUGAAUAAAAAUGGAGAUAUGGAUGAGGUGUGUUUGUCACAUUGGGCCCGGUCCCACCAACGAAGUGGGACGCUUGAUCAGAUCGUUGAUCCAAAUCUGGACGGUCAGAUUGCACCCGAGUGUUUGAGAAAUAUCGGUGAGAUUGCGAGUAGUUGCUUGCUUGAUCAGGGGAUCCAACGGCCAGGGAUGGCUGAUGUGUUAUGGAGUCUUGAGUUCGCACUGAAGCUUCAGGAAAGCGCCGAAAAAGGCCGGAAUUACAAUGAAUUGGAAAAUAAAUGGAUUAGUUUAUAUUCCAAUGAUAGUGUUAGUGUGAACAUGCCUGGUGAUGUAUUUUCUGAUAUCAAAAGUCCUAGAGGACGGUGA